AUGUCCACAACAUAUUAUGCACAGGGAAACGGUCAGGCAGAAGUCACAAACAAAACUCUACUCAGGAUGUUGAGCAAAACAGUGGCCGAUAAUCAAAAGGAUUGGACAGAUAAGCUAUCAGAAACUCUUUGGGCUUAUCGCACAUCUAUCAAAAAGAGUACACAGGUAACGCCCUACUUCUCAGUGUAUGGUCAAGAAGCAAUGGUCCCAACAGAGAUAAGAGUCGUAUCUGCCAGGAUAGCCUUCACGAUGGACAAGAAGAUCAAGCCAGAGGACAUGGACCUAUUACUUGCAGACAAACUUUAG